AAAUAAAAUUGAAUUUUCUACGUUACGCGCCUGUGCGGAAGACGAUUAUUCUGGCACAGGCGCUUCGUCGGCGUUGACGUCAGAAGGGGAUGAAAUUAUUGGGGUUGUCUCGUGUUAUAGGGGUUAGUAGAGCACCGACGAGGGUCAUGAUUAUUUCGUGGCUGGAAAUUUGGUGCUUUUCUACGUACCACCUGCUGGAAUUUACUCCCGGAAUCAUGACCAGUCAACUCGGCAUAUUGAAAUAAUAAAUGGAGAUGCAAUAGGUGCACAUUCAAGUACAGAAAGAUUUAUUUUUACUCGAUAUGGCGCUUAUCAAGUGCUGUUUCGAGGUCGAAGCGCCGGAGGUCCUGGAGAGCGUCGUCAGGAAGUGCACUGAUCCUGGAUGCUGCUGCUGGUGCUGCUCGGCCCUCAGGCCAAGGUACAAGAGACUGGUUGACAAUAUUUUUCCAGUUAAUCCACAGGACGGUCUGGUGAAGAAUAACAUGGAAAAACUUACUUUCUACUCCCUGAGUAGUCCCGAGAAAUUAGAUAGAAUUGGUGAAUACUUAUUCCAGCGUGCUUCCAGAGAUAUUUAUAGACGACGAAAUGGCUUUGUCAUAAUUGCCAUGGAAGCCAUGGAUCAAUUAUUGCUAGCUUGUCACGCUCAAACGUUAAACCUCUUCGUUGAGAGUUUUUUAAAGAUGAUCCAGAAGCUCCUGGAAUCGACGGAUCCCCAGCUUCAGAUAAUGGCAACCCAGUCUUUUGUUAGAUUUGCCAACAUCGAAGAGGACACGCCGUCUUAUCACACACGUUACGAUUUCUUUGUAUCAAAGUUCUCUGCAAUGUGCCACGCCAACCACGACGACUUGGCAAUACGCAAGCAGAUUCGACUCGCCGGCAUACAGGGGCUGCAGGGUGUCGUGAGAAAAACACUGAGCGAUGAUCUUGUCGAAAAUAUUUGGGAAUCUAUUCACAUGGAUAAGAUUGUACCCUCUUUACUCUAUAAUAUGCAGAAUUCCAGGUAUGCUGAUAAAGAAGGUACAACUCCAGACAGUCCAACAGAGGAGCGUUCUGAUCCUCCACAGUUUGCAGAGACCUGCAUGCGAGAACUAGUGGGUCGUGCAUCAUUCGGUCACAUUCGGUGUGUCAUUCGACCUGUUUUGCGGCACCUAGAUAAUCAUCAGCUAUGGGUUCCCAAUUAUUUCGCCAUUCACACAUUUCGGAUUAUUAUGUUUUCAAUUCAGUCCCAAUACUCCUACACAGUGGUGGAGGCUCUGAUGACGCACCUAGACGAGAAUUCCAAGUCCUCCCCAAAGAUUCGCACCAGCAUAGCUGACACUCUUUCAAAAAUAAUUUCAAUCGCCGCAGGAGAGAGCGUGGGUCCCUCAGUCCUCGAAAUAAUAAACUCUCUGCUCUCUCAUCUGCGAAUAUCAGUAACCAGAAACCAGCACUCGAGCCCAGAUGAGCAGCUGUACCAAGAGGCCCUGAUAAAUGCCCUGGGAGAAUUUGCAAAUCACCUCCCAGAUUACCAGAAAAUUGAGAUAAUGAUGUUUAUAAUGAGUAAAGUACCAUACAGCCAGCCAGACCGUCUGGUGUCAGUGGCCAAAGGUGAUGUCCUUCUGCAGAGUAUUCUCCUGAAAUCCCUGUUAAAAGUCGGUUCCAAAUACCAGACAAUCCACCUCAACACGACAUUCCCUCCAUCCUUCUUGGAUCCCCUCCUACGAAUGUCACUGGCAGCUGAUGCCGAGAUGCGUCUGCUAGUCCAGAAAAUCUUCCACACUCUGAUAGAUCGUCACCACAACAUCGACAAGCUGGCGAAGCCCUCGAUAAAUCCCAUGGAGCUGGAUCUGGCGAUCGAGAAAUCCUCUCGCCCCGACGUCAUCUUUAUCAGAAAACAUGGCCCUGAGAUUUAUCUGGCUCUCUACGAAUCCCUGGAGUUAUCCAGCAACUCGGUGGAGAAUAUUGAGGCCAUUUACACGACUCUGGCACUCCUCAUCGUCGAACUAGCAUCUGAGGAUACUGUCCUGGAGCAAUUGAGACUUGUACUGAGUCUGCAGGACUUGGCACUCACCAGCAGUCAGAUUAGCAGUGCUCUCAAGUUCAAUCUUCAUGCCGUUGUCAUCAGUCUGCUGAUGAUGAUAGCUCAUGUCUGCAAUAUUGGAAGUCUCAUGGAGUACAGUAUAAAGAUUGUUGAGGCAAGGCGGAGGGAGGGAGGGCAUUUACUACCUGAGUUGAGGGGGCAAUAUCUUGGGGAAUUCCAGAGGGUGGCUGGAGGAGUGUUGGUGGAUCAGGGGAUUGUCACUGAGUGCCUCAAGACUGCUGGAUUGGAUGCUAUGAAACUACAGCAAGGAUCAGGCUACAGCAGUUCAUCCCUGCAGCACAGACACUCCUGGGUGGACAGUGCUGGCAGAAAUUCCAUUGCUGAUAUUAAUGCUGGAAAUAAUGAGUUGGAUUCUGGGGCUAGCUCACCUGGAGUCUCCAGGAAACUCGUGGAGGAGCUCACUUUCGAGAGCAUGAAGAAAAUUCUCACUGAGUGCAAUAAUAGUCAGGGGCUCGAGGAGGAGAAGAGGGCACAGCUGUCUCAGUACUUCAGGAAUGCAACGUUUCAAGAUCUCGUUUCUAAGACUCAGCCUAAGGGGGAUGUACUCCAGAGCAAAUUGUCGGAUAUUUUUAAUUCACUUACGAUGGAGGGGAGAAAUGUUGCUGUGCCGAGUGUACAGGUUGAGAAUAAGGUCAAUGUGCCGAGUUAUGAGGUACAUUUCCCUGAGUUGUUCGUUUAUUAAGAGGAAAAUUUAUCUGCGAAAUUGUUUUUGGGAGAGAUCUUAUGCUAAUGGAAAUAUUAUUUCGCGAAUCCCCUGAGUCUUUCUAUUCAAUUUUUUCGCGCGUGGAAUGAUAAAAAGUUAUGAUGUUCAUUAGGAACAAAGCUGCUUCGAUGGUACAAGAGUUUAUUAAAAAAAAUCACAAAGGCUUGUGAGGCGUUGGAGGUAUUUUCGGUUAGAAUUGUUCUUAAAAUAAAUGAGAUGAUUGAAAAUGGAAAAUCCUUAAUUCACGACUAAUUUCAAUUGCAAGGAUUGAUGAAUAUGAUAUUAUGGGAUUUUAAUUGUCGUUGCUUAAGCAGGAUGAAGACAAUUUUUUCACGUUUUGUUAAUGAUAUUUUCGUGGGGGAUGAAAGGUUUUAGGAAGAAGUGACGGUUUGGGGGGAAUUUUAUGUGUUAUAAAUGGAGCUCACGCUUUGCUCUGAUCACUUGUUUCCAAAAUGCACAGUUAGUAGAAAUUAUGGGUCAAUUUGUUACGUUUACCAAUUCAUUAACCAUGGGUUCUUUUUUAUUCUGCAAUUAUGCACAAUUCCAAGGUAUUUUUGUAUUAAUGCCGUCAUGUUGAUAUUUACUGCGGUAUUAUUAUAACACGACAAAUCAUGCUAUUUAUUUAUUGUUCAUUUUUGUGCUGAAGUAUUGUGAAGUAAUAAAGUUUAUUAGACAAUA